AUGUCUGACGACUGGAACUCCGUUACCAAGAUUGGCAGCCGCGUCCGUGGCGGCGCUGCUGGUCCUCGCGAGACUGUAGUCAAGGGCAAGUCAGCCCUGAACGCAGCCCAACGAAGCGGUGGAAUCAUUGCCACAGAGAAGAAGUAUGCCUCAGCCAACGCUGGUGCUUCAUCAGAAGGUCAGCGCCUUACAAAGGUCGACCGCUCCGACGACAUUGUCAAGCCCAAGACGGUUGGUACCGUCGUCGGUCAGGCUAUCUCAAAGGCGCGCUCCGAGGCGAAGAAUGACAAGGGCACCACGAUGACACAGAAGGACUUGGCCACCAAGUGCAAUAGCACACCCACCAUCAUCGCAGACUUUGAGCGUGGCACUGCCGCACCGGAUCAGAAGCUGCUGGCAAACAUGGAGCGCGUGCUCAAUGUCAUCCUGCGGGGUGACAAGAUUGGGCAGCCCAAGUUCCCAAACAAGAAGAAAUGA